UAUAAAUCCUCCCCUUUAACUUAAACCUCUGCAGACACCUGAGCUGAGAGAGAGAGAGAGACAAGUAGACUGCUUGUGCUGGAGAAUGCAGAUGAGAGAUUGCCGGAGCCUUUCCAGAGACUGCCAUACAUAGAGAGAGACUGCCAUACAUAGAGAGAGACUGCUCUGUCCAGUUCUGUCUCCUUAGAUAAGUCUACUAACUGGUCCUGGACUGUUGUACACAUCUCUCCAGUACAAUCUGCUUGAAAAUGGGAAUGAAACUGGGAGAUAACAAGUCCCAGAGCAGAACUCUGACAGGCUGUUGCAAGGGAAUCUUCAGCAACAUUAAGGUAUUUGUACUUUGCCAUGCACUCCUCCAGCUCUCUCAGCUCCUGUACAGUGCAUACUUCAAGAGCAGCCUAACUACAAUUGAAAAGAGGUUUGGUCUUUCAAGUUCCUCUUCAGGUCUCCUAUCCAGUAUCCAUGAAAUCAGCAACGCUGUGCUUAUAAUCUUCAUCAGCUAUUUUGGAAGCCGCUUACACCGGCCGCGUAUUAUUGGUAUUGGUGGCCUGUUGCUAGCCUUGGGGACAUUCCUUCUGACAGUGCCGCACUUCCUUUCUGAGAAAUAUCAGUACACAUCACUGGAAAAAGGAAAUAACUCAAUUCAGGAGUUAUGCACUGGGAAAAACCAGACAUCAUAUUGUUCAAGAUCACAAGGCCAUAAAACACCACAGACAAAAACCAUGGAAGCCACCAGUAUGUGGGCCAUCAUGGUUGUAGGACAACUCUUGGCUGGCAUUGGCACUGUCCCCAUCCAGCCAUUUGGAAUUUCCUACAUAGAUGAUUUUGCUGAACCAAAUAAUUCUCCAUUGUAUAUAGCCAUUUUGUUUGCGAUAUCUGUGUUUGGUCCGGCUUUUGGUUAUCUUCUGAGCUCCAUGGUCUUGAGAAUGUUUGUUGACGUCGGUAGAGUUAACCGCGAGGAUGUGGAGAUCAACCCAAGUGAUCCUCGGUGGAUAGGGGCCUGGUGGCUAGGCCUUCUCAUUGCAUGUGGAUGCUUGGUGAUAACCUCCAUCCCUUAUUUUUUCUUUCCAAAACAAAUGACGACAAGCCAGAAGUCAACAGAGAAGAACAUUCUGAGAAAGAUGCCGGAUGCUACAAGCGAGGAAGGCUCUCUGUCCGAAUUUAUUAAAAAGUUCCCACGAUACUUUGCUCGCCUGCUCAUGAAUCCACUGUUCCUGAUCCUGGUGUUGUCACAGUGCAGCUUUUCCUCAGUCAUCGCAGCUCUGUCUACCUUCCUCAACAAGUUUUUAGAGAAGCAGUAUGGAUCCAGUACCUCAUAUGCCAAUUUCCUCAUCGGCGCUGUCAAUCUGCCAUCUGCGGCUCUGGGGAUGCUGAUUGGAGGAAUUAUCAUGAAGAAGUUCUGUAUUUCAGUUAAAGUGAUUCCCCGCUUCGCUCUGACCGUCCUUAUUUUCUCCGUCCUGCUUUGUGUGCCUCUGUUCUUCAUGGGCUGCUCAACACAAGAACUUGGGGACAGCAAUGGAAGUACCAAUAUGACUUGUAUCCAAAGAUGUGGUUGCUCAGAACGUGCUUUUCAUCCGGUGUGUGGGUCUGAUGGAGUGGAAUACCUGACACCAUGCCAGGCUGGCUGCAGUACUUAUAACAUCUCCACUAAAUCAUAUAUGAACUGUUCAUGUAUCGGAUCAGGUUCACUUGAGGGAACAGCAAAAUCCGGAUCCUGCCUUGUCAGCUGUGCCCACCGUCUACUGCCUGUCAUGUUCCUCCUCUCAUUUGCUUCGCUCAUUGCCUGCCUCUCCCAUAAUCCUCUGUACAUGAUGGUUUUAAGGGUUGUACCACAGGAUGAAAAAUCAUUUGCUAUUGGAGUCCAGUUUCUUCUUAUGAGGCUUCUCGCCUGGUUGCCUGCCCCAGCACUCUUUGGACUUGUUAUAGAUUCUGCCUGUAUUCGGUGGUCUACAUCAUGUCACCAGAAGAGAGGAGCGUGUCGAUAUUAUGAUAAUGAUCUGCUGCGAACCAGGUACCUUGGUCUCCAGAUGGGAUACAAGAUCCUGGGUAUCUUGUUACUGGCUUUAACUGCUUGGAAGGUGAAAAGGAGUCGAGAAUAUAACUUGCAAGAAAAAGAAUGUGGCGUGGCAUAGCUUACAGCUCAUAGAAUUCUGGACUUCAUCCUUCUGCCACUCCCCGAGACUCUGUAUUCCUCAGGGCCAGACACUGCUACCACUGCCAGGACCACUCCUAACAAUGCAUCUAACAAGACUGAUUCUAUAGUCAGCAGGACGGGACUGAGAACAAUAUAAAGUGUCCAACUUCAGAGACAGAAAAAAAGUGCCUGGAGAUGAAAGUGUGACUGCACGAAAUACUGUUUUUCUAAACUGCAAAUCAACAUUGUAUCUAUGAAAGCACUAAAAGAAACUAAAGUUACACUUAAUAUUCCCAUGAAGGGCCAAAAAAACGAUAUUUAUUAUUCAUGUUGCCCUAAAACCGUGAAUGACGACGCCCUUUUCUACAGGCCCUGCCAUUUUUUCACUAAUCAUGUUACACAAUAUCACAAAAUGAAACCAGAAGGUGAUGUUGAAGGCAACAAGCUUUCUUAUUUGUACGGAGAGUAUUAUCUACCAAAAUGCUGCAAAGAAAUAGAUUCUGUUUAUUGUCUGAGCUACGGAGAAUCUUUUGGCUUCACUUGGCAGUUCCUUUGAUUUAUGCUGCUGAUUAAUCUACAAGUUUGAAAAGGUGUUCAGAGAACACAGAACUGAAGAAAACACAUGAAGCAAGCUGUAAGCAUUGUUCCCUGUUGCUGCCCACUCUUACCCUGUUGGCCUAGGACUAAAGUUCUGAGUAGUGGUGUAUGCAUUUGUCUGCGUUAGGAACCCAAGCCGUAAUCGCAAGCAUCCAUUUAUGUCUACUGGGACUUUCAAAUUAGAAGAUAUUUGUACUUUUCUUAACCAUUCACAAUCUAAUCUGAGAAUUUAACAGCAAAAAAAUGAUAUUUCUAAAACUUUUUGUAAAGCUAUUAUAAGCAGAAUUUCUAUGUGUUAUUCAACUGCUGAUACAUAAGGCUCAAUUCACAAGGUUAAAAUCCUUAUUUUGAGAAUUUUUUAUUUUUUCCAGUUCAGUGAAAUUUAAAAAAAUAAGUUAUACAGCUGAAAUUACAGUGUUUUACCUGCUUGAUCACUGUUUACUUCAUAAAGUACACCAAGCUGCAAAUAGGCAACUUAGGCCGCGUACACACGGUCGAUCCAUCCGAUGAGAAUGGUUCGACGGACCGUUUUCAUCGGUUCACCGCUG